AUGGCUAUGAGAUAUCGUCAUUUAGCCGCAACUGCGAAAGAAACUGUAGGCGUUUAUAGAUCAGAUAUCCACGGACGGGGAUUGUUUUGUAAAAGGAUUAUUGAAGCCGGAGAAAUGAUUAUGGAAUAUGCUGGUACUAAAAUUCGAUCAAUUUUAACCGAUAAGCAGGAAAAGUAUUACGAAGGCAAAGGUUUAGGUUGUUACAUGUUUAGGAUCGAUCGUGAUGAGGUCAUUGAUGCCACUCUUAGUGGCAAUGCAGCUAGAUUUAUUAAUCAUUCCUGUGAUCCUAAUUGUUAUUGCAAAAUUGUACCUAUUGACAAUAUUAAGAAGAUCAUAAUCUUUGCUUUACGAAGAAUCUAUCCUGGAGAAGAACUGACAUACGAUUAUAACUUUGCGAAAGAAGAUAUUAAAUUACCGUGUAACUGUAGUUCAAAGAAAUGUCGAAAGUUUUUGAAUUAA